AUGCCACUGCCUUUUCCAGAUAUUUGUGCUCGUCUUUUUGAUGGAAAUAGUGCCACCGGUAAUUUUAGGAGUUACUCAACCCAAUCAUCUUCAGUAGCUGGAGCAUCCUCUUGUCGUCUUCCACCACUUCAGAUUACCGCCACCCCUUUUCUUGCAUUAGAUGAUAAUGGUGAUGACACUUCUCAUCAUGCUAGUGAGACUUUCAUGAGUAACCACCUUCUGCUGCUUCACCAUCUGAUGCUUCACCUUCUGCUGCUUCACCAUCCGGUUACCCCAACAAAAGGGCUAAACCCUCAACUCCUAAAGCUCCUAGUACCUCACCGUCUGCUUCUUCACCGGAUGGAACUUCUGUUACUGCUGACGAUUUAG